AUGAAUGGUCGCAACGGCACCAUGUCUCCCAUUUCCGUCGAUGGAAGCGAGUGGUCUGGCAUCGGCCAGUACCAACUAGGCCUCAAGCAAGAACCCCCCUUCUCGCCCACAAUGUCGAAUCGAGGAACGCUGGCGACUCCUCCAGUCUCUGCCGGUCCUGUGUCUCCCAGUUCGAUGGGCUUGAACGUCGCCCAACCCGCGCCUCGACGGCCUGGGGAUCCAGGCAACCCGUCUCCUCCCAAUUCCAUCGCUGCGAGAUCCAGCGUGGGCACCUUGUCCGACCAGCAUGGCGGCCGACACCGGCGAAUUGAAGAAGCGCUCGCUCAGCACUACAAUGCGUUGCGCCGCUACCUGGGGAACCCUUACCAGAGCGAGAGAGCCGCCAUGAAAACGAAUAAAGCGCGCGACAAGCUGCUGCGGCUAUCGGCCACCCAGUUCCACGAGUUGAGUACCGACGUCUUUGACGAACUGAUCCGCCGGCAACAAGCAUCCGGUGGACCCAACCGCCCUCCCCGACCAGACAUUCCGCCUUUCCUCCCUCCCCGUAACGAUUUCCACGAGAAACGUAACCAGGCUCGGCAGAAGCUGGCUUCGCUGCAGGGGCCUCGCUUUCGCGACCUCGCAACCGAUGUCUUUUGCGAGUUGGAGCGUCGCUUUCCGCAAUUUGCUGGUCCCGAUAUGCCUCGUAUGGGCAGUCCAGCAGGCAGCAUGCGUGGAGGUCCGUUCCGUCCGGGAUCCAACGGCUUCCCACCACCUGGAUUCCCCGGCGGUCCACGACCGGGGUCGCGAGGUCCUGGUCCGGCCGGCAGGGGGUUUCCGCCAGGAGGUCCUCCCGGUGGUCGCUUCCCGCCGCGCCAGCAAUCGCUUAGUGGUGGUGGUAUGAGCCCCGGUGACGAAAAUGGACCGCUGCCAAAGUCAUUCCAGAGCAACACCAUGGUGCCUAACAAGAGUACCUUGGUAGAGGAUGAUGACGACGAUCUGGAUGAUGAUUUUGACGGACGCAGUGAUGCUUUUGGAUUGGAUGUCCUGCAGAGCCGACGAGGAACGACCGCGACUAUUGGCGAUAAGAAACUGUUGGCAGACAGCCAGGCACAAGCUACCUCGUUGCAAGAACGUAUCGACGAAUUGGAGAGUUUGAUGAAGAGCAAAGACCAGGAGAUCUCUCGUCUGCAGGACGAGCAUGAAAAGUCGCAGGCAAGCACUAGUGAACGUGAGGAAUGGGAAAGCCUAAAAGCCGAUUUGGAAGGCAAGGUGGCAGAUGUCGAAAAUGCCAACACGUAUCUGCAAUCGAGAAUCGAGGAGUUACAAGAGAACCAUUCGAGUAAAGAGCAAGAUCUGCUUCAGCAGCUUGAAGCACUUGGAGCGGCGCACAGUACCGGCGGAGAUGCUGAAUUGCAACAGCGAUACGAAGAGCUGGAAUCACGGCAUCAGUCCUUGCAGGUCGAGCUGCAGGAACACCACAACACGACUGAGGAGGUCCGACGAGACGCGGCGACUUUCUUGAAAGAAAUGAGAGCAAUGUCGGAACGCAGCAACGCUACCUGGGAGCGAGAAGAGAAGCUUUCUCGUGAUGUCAAUCGGCUCGAAGAAGAAGUCAAGGAAUGGAAGAGCCGCUAUAUCAAGGCAAAGACACAACUACGCCAUCUCCGUACAUCUUCGGUUGGCAUCUCCAACUUCCGAGCAGAUGUGGGCAACUUUGCCAAGGAAAACGAACUCAUGCAACCAAAUGGCAUGGUCAAGGAUACCCAUGUGACCAAGUUCCAAAUCUCGGUCGACGAGCUGCUCCGUACCGCGCGCUCCGGUGAGCCCGGGUUGGUUCUGGACCAGAUGAAGGUUGUUGUUGUUGCCGUUCGCCACAUCAUCAAUGACAUUGAAAUCGUCCAAAAGGGCGAGGAGCUGCCUUUCUCGCAGAAGCGUGCCAAGUCUAAGGUUUCAACCACUGCAAAUAACUUGAUCACCGCAUCAAAGAACUUUGCCAGCUCCAGUGGCUUGUCACCCAUCUCACUGCUCGAUGCAGCUGCAUCUCAUCUCAGCACGGCCGUCAUUGAGCUCCUUCGGCAAGUGAAGAUUUCUGCCAGCCCUGCCGAGGACCUGGAAGAGGAAGAUCAAGACAACAUCGCUCCGAUGCAGUCUCCUGGUUACUUUAGCGUUGCUCCCAGCCAGGGCCGGCUUAGCCACAACGGCUCCGUGUACAGUGCGAUCAGUUCUCCAUCAACUAGACCUCGAAGCACAGCUCACCGCCACACGAUGUCUCGCGGUGGCAUCCCUGGCGUCCAAGCUCUUGCAAUUGGAAAGGCCAAUUAUGGACUGCGCCCGCAGGACCAUGAGCUAGAAGAACUCAAGCUUUACCUCGAAGACCAAACCGAGGGUUUAAUCCACACCAUCCAGUCGCUAGUUGCCAGCAUCCGCAGCGAAGAACCCAUCUCAUCGAUUGGCGGUCACAUUGCCACGAUAUCGGCUGUUGUCGGCAACGUGGUGUCAUCGACCGACCAAGCCAUGGACAAAGCAGAGAUCAGUCCAACAGUACGAGAACGCCUUGGACCAGUAGUCCAGACCCUAGCAGACUGCUCUGACCGACUGUCACGCACGGGAGCUGAGGGAGAAGAGGUUGAUAGCCCUGAGCACCUUAGGGAUAUCACCAGCAAACUGCCACCCAUUGCCUUUGAGAUUGCCCGCGAAACAAAGGAGCUGGUUCAACGUAUUGGCCAACUCGAGCUAGACCAGGGAGAUGACGAAUUCCGGUAG